CAUGCGCAACCAUUAAUGUUUAAUUAAAUUUUAUGGCAGAAACAAGUGUAGACGGGGGCAUUUACCCCACCCAAACAACAAUAAACGCUAUUUUUGCAAGUAUUUACCGCAGAUAAGAAAAACAAAUUUGAAAUGUGGCGCAUGUGCAGUGUUACCAUCUCCAUAUGUCUGAAAAAAAUGAGUGACAGUGACAGCAGUUUGACAGUGACGUUUGGUGCGAUAAAAGGGCUUUAAAAACAGUAAACAUGUUUGAAUUUUCCCUCAGUAUUAUUUCCCAAGCAGUAUGACUAAAAAAAUGUGAUGUAUCAUUUCGAAUUAUUCAAGCGUGAAUUGCUUCCACUCCGAUUUUUACAUAAUGUCUGAUGAUUUACACAAUUCAGUACUUCUGAGCACAUUCUCGAGUGGCAAUAAGAAAUACCGUGUGAUUUUUCACAAAGGAACAAUCGUCUGGGGCAACGGCAAGCCACCGAUCGACCAAGAAUCGUUGCCUCUGGAAAAUGUUAUCUCAGUCCAGCACAACUACACGAGAAAUCGGCACCCUUCAGACGACGCAAUCCUCGACCCCAACCACUUCACAAUAAACUACGCGAAGAAAGACGAGGAGAAUCGAUGGAAGCCCCACAGCCUCACCCUGGGCCACUCGGACCCUCUGCAGGUCUCCUCGUGGGUCAAGACGCUGCAGAACCACCUCCAAUAUUUUAAGCGACCGAAGCGCCUGCUCCUGUUCGUGAACCCGUUCGGGGGCAAGCGCAACGCGCUGAAGAUUUACGAGAAGUACGGCAAGCCCCUGUUCCAAACCGCGGGGGUGGACGUCACUGUCAACGUCUCGCAGCGGAAGAACCAGAUCCGCGACUUCGUCCUGAACCACAGCCUGGACAUGUUCGACUCGAUCGCGUGCGUGGGCGGCGACGGCACCGUCUCGGAGCUGUUCAACGGGCUGGUGCUCCGCGAGUGCAAGAACCUGGGGAUCGACGCCGACGACAUCGAGCAAGACCUGCCCAAGCCGAAGAUUCCCAUCGGGAUCAUCCCAGGGGGAAGUACCGACACGAUCGUCUACUGUCUGCACGGGACUAUUGACCCGACGACGGCCGUCUUGAAUAUCAUUUUCGGCGAGACUUUGGGUCUGGAUCUGGUGUCGGUUUACGACGAGAGCAGUUUAUUGCGGUUGUAUGCCAGUGUUUUGAGCUAUGGGUAUUUGGGCGACGUCGCUUAUCAUAGUGAUAAGUACCGGUGGAUGGGUCCCAAUCGGUACAAUUAUUCAGGUUUUAAAAAACUGAUGCGGAACCGAGGUUACGAGGGAGAAGUAGCGUUUUUCUCCGAAGUAGGCGAUUUGAAAAGUUCGAAAUGUUACGAGAAUUGCGAACGCUGCCUGUCCAGAAGAAACAAUUGUGAUAAAACCGAGAAGCAAUGGCGCACUUUAAAGGGGAAAUUUUUCAUGAUAAGUGGUGCUAACAUAACAUGCUCGUGCAAUCGCAGCCCUCAGGGAAUCGCACCUUACAGUCACUUGGGUGACGGCAACGUCCACUUAGUUUUAGUUCGACAUACUUCGAUUUUGAACAAUUUGAAACUACUAUUACGCUUGUCGAGUAAUAACCAGGCUGUUGAUGACUUGCCAUUUGUUGAAACUUACUCUGCUAGGGAAUUCUGCUUUCGUGCAAUCAAUGGCCCUAGCAGGUGGAACUGUGAUGGGGAAGUGCAGCACCAGACGAAUAUUCGUGCAAAAGUACGUUGCCAAUUGCUCACGAUUUUUAGCCGCGGAACUCCGAAGCCAAUCCAAGCCACGAGGAGGUGCUGCGGGUGCUACUAAGCCUUAGCUGCCUUAUGUUAAUUGCCCAAUGUUAGUUCAGUAUUGGUUAUUGGUUGUGUAACGGAAAACUAUAUUUUGUAAUUGUAAUUGCUCACAUGUAUUAAAAGUGAUAUGAAUUUGACACGUUAUGUUCCGUCAUUCCAGUUACGAUGUAUUAUUUUUUUAUUUUGUAACAGUAUUUAGGUGUUGAGGCCGUCUAUACUUAAAUUACCGAUCGCUCUAUAUGUUAGAGACUGACUCUCAUUCCAUGUUCGUGGUGAAAUAAAUAAAUUAUUAUUUUUA